ACUUCUUACAUGGCAUUUUAUGCACACACAAAUUAUACUAAAAUAUUUUGACUAAACCGUCUUCUUUCUUUCUUCAAAGUUUCAAACCCAAGAACCAAGAUUCUGUUUUCUUUAUGGCUGCUCUUUGUUUAGGAUAAUUUUUUUCUUCUUAAUCUCUUUUGGGGGUGGGAUAAAAAACUUAACUUUUUGGAAAAUCCGACUUGGAACCUUCUUGUUCCACCUCAGAUUCAGUACACAGUCAGUCAUUUGUGCAGGAUUGGCAUUCUGUUUUUGUUGCAAUUGGUCUUUACGGGAAUGAUGUUGAAGCCAUGAAAACCUUUCGCUGAGCAAGCCAUUUUUGGAUUAUUCCCGUGGAUACCUGCAUAUACAAUUGAUUGACCCAAUGGGAGCUGGGGAAGAGAGCACUCCUACAAAGACUUCAAAGCCUCCUUUAACUCAGGAGACACCAACCGCACCUUCAUAUCCUGAUUGGUCAAGCUCUAUGCAGGCUUAUUAUAGUGCUGGAGCUACUCCUCCUUUUUUUGCCUCACCUGUUGCUUCUCCUGCUCCCCACCCAUACAUGUGGGGAGGUCAGGUACAUCCUCUUAUGCCUCCUUAUGGGACUCCAGUUCCAUAUCCAGCUUUAUAUCCUCCUGCCGGAGUUUAUGCUCAUCCUAACAUUGCCACGCCGGCUCCAAAUUCUGUGCCGGCAAAUCCUGAAGCAGAUGGGAAGGGGCCUGAAGGAAAGGAUCGGAAUUCAAGUAAAAAGUUAAAGGUCUGUUCUGGUGGUAAGGCAGGCGACAAUGGGAAAGUUACUUCAGGUUCCGGAAAUGAUGGUGCCACACAAAGUGAUGAAAGCAGAAGUGAAGGUACAUCAGAUACAAAUGAUGAAAAUGAUAACAAUGAAUUUGCUGCAAACAAGAAGGGAAGCUUUGAUCAAAUGCUUGCAGAUGGAGCCAGUGCACAGAAUAAUCCUGCGAAAGAGAAUCACCCGACUUCUAUACAUGGAAAUCCUGUCACCAUGCCUGCAACUAACCUAAAUAUUGGAAUGGACGUGUGGAAUGCAUCAGCUGCCGGUCCUGGAGCGAUCAAAAUACAGCAAAAUGCAACUGGUCCAGUUAUAGGACAUGAAGGAAGGAUGAAUGAUCAGUGGAUUCAGGAGGAACGUGAACUUAAAAGGCAAAAGAGAAAGCAAUCUAAUAGGGAGUCAGCUAGGAGGUCAAGGCUCCGCAAGCAGGCAGAGUGUGAAGAGCUACAACGUAGAGUAGAAGCUUUGAGCCAUGAGAAUCAUUCACUCAAAGAUGAGCUCCAACGGCUCUCUGAGGAAUGUGAGAAGCUUACCUCGGAGAAUAAUUUAAUUAAGGAAGAGUUAACGCUACUUUGUGGACCAGACGUUGUGUCUAAGCUGGAGAGAAACGAUAAUGUCGCACGUAUUCAAUCUAAUGUUGAAGAAGCUAGUUAAGGAGAAGUGGAAAAGCCAGGACUGAGUAGGUGAUUUUAGUUACAAAGUGCUCACAGAUCAUUGCCUUUUUGGUGCAGUGUUUGUUGUCCUACUAACCUACACCCUCCUUUAACUUCCUUUCUGAGUAUGACUGUAACAUAUAUUUCUUAUAAUUCUAACCCCAGUGUUAAAGAGUCUUGAGUCUGUUUAACUUAGUCUUUAAAUUAACUUCAGUAGCUCAAAAAGUCUUCAAGUGAAUGUUAAUGAGGCACUCAACCACAUGGGUUGUGGUAUUUCAAACGACAUGAAUUUCUUUGAAAA